AUGGCAUCUGCUCAAUCAACCGACCGCCUCCCUAGCGCGCGCAGAGUCGUCACUGGCCACGAUCAAGAUGGCAAGUCUUGCGUCCGACACAAAGAUGAUCUGGUUUUAAACGAAGGGCCAGGGUUCCCCGGAGUAUGGGUCUGUUCAGCGUGGUCUACGAGCUCAGUUCCUACCAACGACAACAAUACCGAUCUCGAGGGUUUAUCUAGGCCGGUUGAGGGAGAUUUCGGCAUUGUCAUGCACAACGGGACAAACCUCAUCACCACCGAUCUCGCGCCCGGAGCUACAGCAAUGAUGCAUCAAACGACAUCGCUGGAUUACAAUAUUCUGGUCUCCGGAACGCUGGUGCUGGAGUUGACGGACGGCACCGAAGUGACGUUCAGCACCCCGGGGGACGUGAUUGUGCAGCGCGGGACGAAUCAUGCGUGGAAGAACCCAGGCCCUACCUGGACGCGCUGGGCCUCGGUGCUGGUGUCUGCAAAGCCUGUAGAGGCCGCGCUCUAA